AAAUGCAUAACCCGCUCAAAAAACUAUCUCGUUCAAUUUCACACAAGCUUCUUGGUAAACGAUCCAAUGACUCCACGUCUACAGAAAGUUUUUCCUCAGCAUCAUCGACCACCUCAUCAACAGCAACAACUCCACAACAAAACUCAGUAGAUGAGGAUCCAUACAGGGAAAUUCUUAGAUCAUACGAAGAUAAUGUGUCUCAUCUCGUUUAUCAUGGAUCAUCGCUACGCUCGAUGACGUCAUUCCAAAAUUCAAAUCCAAAUUUGCACAAGAAAUCCGAUGAAAUGCGAAGACCAGCGACGGUUUCUUCAAAUAGAACUGUCACAUUCAGUUAAACACUCGACCGAUUCAUUCAUAUUAUUUUUCAUCAUGUAUUAAUCCACGUCACAUUAACUUAUUUGUGUGAAUACCCAAUUACGGUUUUCUUUUGGAAGUAAUUUUCUUCUAUUUGUUGACAAGUUCCGGUUUCAAGGAAUAGCUGACAUGUACGAUUUCAUUUUUUUUUUGGACUAGUGCGGCUUCUUUUUCUACAAUGACAGUGUUAUUUUUCAAAAUAAAUGUAUAUUUGAUU